AUAUACAAACCAUCGUCAUUUUUGUCUAACCCAUUGGCCAUUACCCCCAUUUCCAAUUAUCCCACCCCCACACACUCUACCUCGCCGGAAAAGGUAAGAUUUGGGUCAUAUAUAUUCCCGGAAAAUGCCGAUCCUCUCGCAAAGCUCAAGUAACUGGAUGUUGUCGAUCAAAGUUGUGUUCUUAUCGACAGGUGUUCUGUCCAUGGCGGUGAUUUUGAAGCUGUCUGUUCCGGUGAUCACAGAGUUUGCGGUCUCUGAAGUUCCUUCAAUUUGGAGCUUUGUGGUUUCGUGGCUCAGACCACCGUAUCUCUACCUCAUCAUCAACUUAAUCAUCAUCACCAUCCUCGCUUCUUCUAAACUACAGCACAAGGUCGAUUACUCGCCGCCGGUACCGAUCAAUGUUAUCGGAGAUGUUCGGACAGAUUUUCCGGUCGCAUACAACCAUACUUAUACUUCGCCGGAAGUAAGCCCGGAGUUUGGAUAUGGUUACGAUGCGAAUGCCGAUGGGAAAUCAGCUGCUUCCGGACUUGAUGUGUACGGUCAACUUGAUUCGGAGAUGAAGACGAGUACAACGACGACGACGAACGCUUUGGACAACAAUACUUAUACUUCGCCGGAAGUAAGCCCGGAGUUUGGAUACGGUUACGAUGCGAAUGCCGACGUGAAAUCAUCAGCUGCUUCCGGACUUGAUGUGUACGGUCAACUCGAUUCGAAGAUGAAGACGACGACUACAACGACGACGAAUGCUUUGGAUAAGGAGAUGAAUGAGAGUCAUGAUAAGCUUGUGGUAUCGAUGUCGUCGAACACGACCUCAAAUAAAAGGUCGGCGGAAUAUUCGUUUUCCACCGAGAAACCCCUUGUUUCUGCGAGAUUCGGUCACCGGAAAACUAUUAAAGCUAGUCCUCCUGAAGGUGGAAGGACACUGGGAGUAGCGUCGAAGCCAAAGAGAAACGACACGCUGGAGGCCACGUGGAAGACGAUAACGGACGGACGUCCGAUGCCCUUGACGAGGCAUCUCAGGAAGUCCGACACCUGGGAGACUCCUCCUUCUCAAGCCCUCCACGUCACUACUCCACAUCAUCACAUGACCAAAUCAGAGACCUUCACCGCUAACAAUAACUCUCCGCUGAGUCGGUCGUCCGGUUCGGGGAAACUCAGGAAAGAACCGUCUCCGAGUCAGGACGAGUUGAAUCGCCGGGUCGAAGCCUUCAUCAACAAAUUCAAUGAGGACAUGAGGUUGCAGAGGCAGGAGUCUCUCAAUCAGUUCAUGGAGAUGAUCAACCGUGGGGCCCACUAAAGAUUUCUUUGGAUAAAUUUUGUAAAAAAAUGAAUGAAGGGUUGCUUUAUAUUCAUAUAUAUAAAUAAUAUAAAAUAUUUAGAGGAUGUUUACAAUUUCA